UUCUUCUGAUUUGUCAGUGUAACUUUUUGAUGAUUUCCUUUCUUCUGUCUAAUAAGGUAAACGUGACUUUGAUUGGCUUGUUGUUUGGCAGUUGUGCAGCCUUCUGUCUCUGUCUCUCCUGAAUCUUUCACUUCUGAGUUGAUCAAACAGAGAGUAUGAUCAGUGAAGAUGGAGAGCUAUCUAACACUCAUUUUUUUGUCUUCUGUGCUCAGACUCGCCACAGCUGGAAACGUGAGGCUGGUGGGUGGUAAUAAUUCAUGUGCUGGUCGAGUAGAGGUUUAUUAUAAUGGAGAAUGGGGAACUGUGUGUCAUGAUUAUUGGGAUUUGACAAACACUGCAGUGGUGUGUAGAGAGCUCGGCUGUGAUUAUACUUCAAAUACAAUGCGUGUUGCUCACUUUGGGCCUGGAUCAGGAAAAAUCUUGAAGGAUAAUGUGAUGUGUAGUGGAUCAGAGACCUCAAUUCUCAACUGCAAUAGUGCCAGUGACAUUGACUGUGGGCACAGUGAAGAUGUUGGAGUUAUCUGUUCAGGCAUCAGGCUGGUUGGAGGUUCACGCUGUUCUGGAAGACUAGAGGUUCCUCAUGGGAACACAUGGUACACAGUGUGUGCUGCUGCCUUUGACCAGCAGGAUGCAGAGGUUGUGUGUAGAGAGCUGGGCUGUGGGGCUCCUGUACAGGUGCUGGGAGAAGAUUCUUUUGGAAAAGGAGACGCUCAGAUGUGGACUCAAGAGAUUCAGUGUGGGGGAGACGAAUAUCAGUUUGCUCUCUGUCCAAUGUCACCUUCACACAAUUGUUCCCAUGACAAAGAUGCGAGCGUUAUAUGUGCUGAAACAGUGAGAUUAGUAGGUGGUAAGAGUUCCUGUGCUGGACGAGUGGAGGUUCUUCAUGAUGGUGAGUGGGGAACAGUGUGUCAUGAUGACUGGGAUAUACAUGAUGCUGCAGUGGUGUGUAGAGAGAUGGGCUGUGGAGAGGCUUUAAGUGCACCAAAGGGUGCUCACUUUGGAGAAGGAUCAGGAUACAUCUGGAUUUCAAAUUUACUGUGUACUGGAUCAGAGUCUACAUUGAUGAACUGUAGAUUCUUUGGAUGGGGAGUAGAUGUUAAUCAUACUGAUGAUGCUGGAGUCAUCUGCUCUGGUAAGCUCAUCUAUGAUUGUUCCAUAAUUAUUAUUAAUCUUUUCUACCACAGAAUUCCAGGAUGAAUACAAUUUUUCUCUCCACAUUCAAUGUUAAGUCAGUUGGUUGCUUGGUUGCCUGAGUGGGGUGAAGUAAUGUAUCGUGUUAUAUGUUGAAUUACAAGAUGGAAUGUACAAAAAGCAUUUUGUAGGCAACAGGAUUUUUUUUUGUUCCAGACAAAUACUUUUGUGAAGGAAACACAUAUAUAUCAUUAAUAGGUUGAGCAUUUCAUAGACUACAUGCAUCUUAAUAACACUUCGGAUGCAUUUAGUCAUUUUUUUUCUUCUUGUUAUUAAAUAAAAAUGCAUUCACUCUUACACAAAAUGCAAGGAACUUGUGUGAAUUUUAUGCAUGAAACAAACAAAAUGUAACUGGUCAAACUAAUAAACUGUUAAGAUUUAUAAAGUAAUAGGGCAAGAAUCAAAGCAAAUAUCAUUAAAAUUGUCCCUUAUUUAUUGAAGGAGUCAGGCUGGUUGGAGGUUCUCGCUGUUCCGGCAGAGUAGAAGUGCCUCAUGAUCAGUCAUGGAUGUCAGUGUGUGCUGCUUCCUUUGACCAGCAGGAUGCAGAGGUUGUGUGUAGAGAGCUGGACUGUGGGGCUCCUGUACAGGUGCUGGGAGAAGAUGCUUUUGGAAAAGGAGACACUCAGAUGUGGACACAAGAGAUUCAGUGCAGAGGAAAUGAGUCUUAUAUAUCUUUGUGUUCAGCAUCACCUCUCAAAUACAACUGUACACAUGAGAAUGACAUUGGACUGUUAUGUUCUGGUUACACUGACCUCAGACUGGUCAAUGGUCCUGACAUCUGUUCUGGUCGAGUUGAGCGUCAGUACUUCAGUGAAUGGGGCACAGUGUGUGAUGCAUGCUGGGAUAUGAGAGCUGCCAGUGUCCUCUGUAGACAGCUGAAUUGUGGGAUUGCUGUGUCUGUCGUGGGAUCAGACUGGUUUGGAGAGGGAAGUGGUGAAAUCUGGGCUGAUGUGUUUGAUUGUGAUGGGAAUGAAACAAAACUCUCAGAAUGUUCCAUCUCUUCAUGGAGUCGAGCUGAAUGUUCUCAUAGACGAGAUGCUGGAGUCAUCUGCUCUAAUUCCUCUCUGGCUGUUCAUGAUGGUCUGGUGCGGUUGUCUGGAGAGAGACAGUGUGAGGGGGAGGUGGAAGUUUCCAUCCAUCAGGUCUGGAGGAGAGUUCUGCUGGACUCCUGGAGUCUCACUGAAUCCUCUGUGGU